AUGGAUAAACGUAGAAAGAUUGUUGAUAGGGAAUUUAAACAAGAAGUUGAUUAUGCUACUGUUAAUCAUCUCAAGUCAAAACAAUAUUGGAGAGAUAAUUUUUGUAAUAAUUCUGCAACAUUGUCUGUAGAAUUUGAUGCCAAUGAUGCAAGUACAUUAGCACCAUCAAUUUCACGACACAGAAGCCAGGACAAACGUUACCUUUUUUACGACAGCACUAAAUGCAAAUACAUUACUGAAUAUGAUGCAAUUCGUGAAGUUUUAUUUGUUUUAUCUGGUCGACCAAGUUUUCUAUUUCAACAAGAUUCUCAUGGAAUUUUCAAAGUCAUACUUAAUGCAAAUUUAACUCAUUUAACUUGUGGCAGUUUUAAAUCAAUACUAGAAUUUUUCUGUGAACAUGCAAAUGAAAUAGAAAAACUUCGAUCUAUUUCUAUGAAACUAUGUAGUGGAUCUUGUAUAAUUUAUUGUCAAACAGCACAAGCUUUUGCAGCAUCUGUUUUGAAAAUGAUUUCUAAAUUUGAUAAACUAUUAUCAGAUUUGGAAUUUAAAUAUUGCAUUGAUAAUAUGAAAUCUCAAG